CGACGGCGACGACGGUGGGAUUAGUGGUGGUGGUGGUGGUGGUAGUGGUGGUGCGCGGCGCCGCGCGAUUAAUACAAUCGGCAGGUGAUUUCUCGUCGCUGAUUAAAGCGCCAUGUCCCGUGAUGGACCAAUCAGCUGCUUGGUAAACCGCCGUGAGACUUCGAGUCUGUCCACAGACGAAUGACAACAAAAGAGACUGAUAGAAGUCGCGCGCGCGAUAGAGCGAGCCCGAGUUUUUUCGCACGCGAGUGUGUUACCCCCGCGCGCAGCCGAGGAGGCCCAGUAUAUCCGCCGUUGCGGCCACUUUUUUUCCGUUUACCCCCCGUAGUGCGCCGCGAGUAACGUCGCUUAGCCUGGUGGUGGUGAAAGGUGCCGUGAGGAAUAUGAAGAGGAGAAAUGUCGAGUGCGGUAAGCUUCGGAGGCCCUUGAAACGCAACAAGCUCACCGAGGGGAUCUACGGAAGUACCUUGCUUUAUCUGAAGUUUCUUCUACUAUGGGCCAUGGUGAUCUUGGCAGACUUCAUUUUGGAAUUCCGUUUUGAAUUUUUGUGGCCAUUCUGGCUACUCCUCCGAAGCGUUUACGAUUCCUUUAAAUAUCAAGGCUUGGCCUUUUCUGUAUUUUUUAUUUGUAUUGCACUUACGUCAGACAUGAUUUGCUUCUUUUUUAUCCCUGUGCAUUGGCUGUUUUUUGCUGCCAGCACUUAUGUUUGGGUGCAAUACGUCUGGCAUACAGAUAAAGGAGUAUGUCUACCAACUGUGAUGCUGUGGCUACUAUUUCUAUAUAUAGAAGCAGCAGUGCGGUUGCGUGACUUGCGUCAUAUGCCAUUUCACCUAGACCUCUGUCGGCCGUUUGCAGCACAUUGCAUUGGCUAUCCUGUAGUUACAUUGGGCUUUGGUUUCAAGAGCUAUGUAGGCUACAGAAUGAGGCAGAGAAAACAAAAAGAUGUGGCAAAGGAGAACGAGUUCUACCUACAAUUACUGCAGCAAGCACUGCCUCUAGAGCAACAAGCUAUGUCAAUGCAGCAAAUCCAACCGCAAAUGCAGCCACAGACACAGCAGGUCACUGCGUCGUUAGAGCAACAUGUGAAAACUCAAACACACAAAUUGAGUCCACAGUACAAUCCAAGCCCUGAAAAAAGCAGAGGUAAGGGCAAUAACAAUUCCAUAGAAACGAACGUACAAAAUGGCGGAGUACACACUAGUAGCCCAGUCACAUCACAAACACAGACUGCUACUACCAAAAGUACUCAUAGAAAAUCCUUAGACAAGAGUGAAAAGCAGGAAGAGCAGCAUAAUAAACACAAUGUAUCAAAUAAUUCACCGUCGGACAAAAGCGACAAGAAAUUUAUACACAGUAAUGGAAGUACAGUAUCGCACAGUGACAUACAACUCAUCGAAAGGGUGGGAUCUGUAAAUGAUUUUGACAUAAAUGAGAUAGAAAAGGACAAAUCUAUUAAGGGUUGCGGACAUACUACAAUAAAAUCACAAACAAACGGUUCGGUAGCAGGAAAAUGGAAUAACGUGAAAGAAAGUCGAGAUUCAUCCUCGACUACUAAUGCUCAACGAGAACGUAAAACUCGGCAGGUUAAAAAUACGAGUGAAAUCACAGCGGAGCAACAGAAACAGCAAGACGAUUAUUAUCAAAGGUUACUGGUGUGUCGCAGGCUCGAGGCAGACAUAAAACGUUUGAAGUCAGAUUUGCAAUCAAGUCGACAGAUGGAACAAGAAUUACGAUCGCAAAUCAAUGUCUUGCUCAAUGGAGAGAGACAAGCUAAGGGUGACAUUCAACAACUCCAACAUGAUAACGAUCAAUUGCAAAGCAAAUUACAUGGUCUAGUGACGGCGCGUCAAUUGGAUAAGCAAACAAUGUCAUCGUUGGAAAAGCGAAUUGCAGAAGAGCGAAAGCAACGUAACAUAUGCGAAGCAUCCUUGCUCUCCGAACGAAGGGCACGACGAGCUGCCGAAGAAGCGCGCUCUGCAAUUCCACCACCACCACCUCCGCUUAUCAGGCAAGAAUGCACUGACGCGUGUAAAAAUCGAAGAUCUCAAAUGGAACAGGACCUUAAAAAUUUGCGCCGAGAACUCAAAUUGAAGGAAGAAAGAUGUAAUGUAUUGGAAAAUGAUGCCGCGCGUUGUAAAGAGAACCACAGAGAGUGUGAAAUUCUACUCCCUGCACUCAAUGCGCUGCAAGAUAAAAACGCACAUUUGGAAAACAGCUUGAGCGCAGAAACGCGUAUAAAACUUGAUCUGUUUUCGGCUCUCGGCGAAGUUAAGCGGCAAUUAGAAAUUCGAGAAAGCUUAAUCAGAUCUCAAGAGAAAGAAAUCGAAAUGUUGAAAACAAAAAUAGCGCAAGAUUUAGCUGUGAUGCCACAAGAUACAUUUGGUCCAGCGCCAACCUGUGCGACGUCCAAGCUUCGUUUAAAUAGUGAAGUGAGAGUAGCAGGAACAAAAAUACGUUCGAAUGAAAGUCCCUGUCCGGGGUGUACCGUGUCAAAUUUGGAUCCGAAUGCGACAGCGUACACGCCUAAAAGUUCCCUUAUAGCAUCAACUGAAGCUUAAGGAAUCACAAUUCUCUCAUCAGAAACCUGAUAGUAGGAUACAUCAACUACAAAGAAUGUUUCAAGUUUCUUCGUGGAAAUAUCACUAUUUGAUUCACAAGUAUGCAAAAUACGGAUUUAUCGAUCAACUGCUGAAUCUUUUCUGCAUCAUCUUCUUUAAGACAACACAUAUUUUUAUUAUAUACGGAUCCUCCUGAUGUAAACAAAACCUGGAAGUCUUCCAU